CUAUAAAUCCUUCACCAUGGACCCACCGGGGUUAGCACGGAGCUGAAUCUCCGCCGGCUCGCCGAUGAGCCUCCCCGCUAGCCUCGGCCGCCGCUGGUGCGGCUUCGCGGCCGUCCUUUGCCUCUGCGCGUUCUACUGCAACGCAGAGCCGAUCGAGCCUCUGCCCUUGCCCGACACGCCGGCGAGGUCGCUGCAGUGCUUCGAGGACGGCCAGGUGUACGGGUGCUGCGACGACGCGUACCGGCUGAGCCCGGCGGGGAUCAUCGGCGUGCCGCCGGGCGCGGUGGACUACUACUGCGGCGGGCAGUGCGUGGUGGAGACGGAGGACGUGCUCAACUGCGUGGCCAGCGCGCUGGACGGCUUCAGGUUCUACAACGGCGCCUCCGUCGAGGACGUGCGCUACGCCCUCAGGAGGGGGUGCAGCCACACUUUCAAAAGAGGGGACUUCAACGACCUGGAGCCGCCGCUAGGCGACUACCCGAACAUCUACGGUGACAGCGGCGGCGACAGGAUUAUGUCUCAUCAUAACAUUCUCGCUGUUGUCCUCGGUGCCACGUGGCUCCUAUUUCACGUCCGCUGAAGAUAGAACUCCCAAGUUGCUGUUUCUUGGGGUAAUAGUACAACUUUUGUUUUCGACUUUACACACCAAGGAAAUUAUCUCCUACAGUAUGUUAGAGCAUC